AUGGGAAUGCCCACUAAAUCAACUGAAACAGCAACGGUCAAAUCAAACCUCCUUCGCCGGCGAUCCACCGAGGAAACCUCUCAUAGUAGAAACCCCAACUCCGACAACAUCCUUUUGGACCCUGAAGACUUUAACGACAUUUUUGGUGGUCCUCCUCGUACUAUUCUCUCUCGCCAGUUCUCCAGUGGCACUGGAUUUUCAAGAUCAUUUUCAUCGACGGGUUUCUUCUACGAGGAGAUUUUCAGACAGCCGGAGAGAGUCGGUUCGGUGUCGGGGAGGAGUGGACGAAACUUGCCGGAGUUUAGGAUUCCGUCGAAUAGGGGAGGGCGGCAGAGGAGGGGUGAGUUUUAUAAUGAUAUUUUUGGUUGGAAAGAUGAAAAGGUGGUGAGGUCAAGGACAAGAUCAAAGACAAGCUCUUCCUCGGUGUUGAGUUCCGAGGAUCUCAGCCCUCUCCGGCCGACGGUCUGCGUCAACAGUGACAACGAUGUCUCUUUCUUUGCUUCCAAGCUCAGGCCAAUAAAUGUCGGAUCGAGAUGGACUUCAACAAGAAAGGUGCCUGAACAUUACCAAAGACAAAAGAGCGUGCCAAUAUUUGCAGGCAAUCAGUCAAUGUACAGUACUGAAGAUGACUACAAUGAGAACCUUAGAAGUUCCCCUAUUGGAUUUUGUAAAAAAAAUCCUUCCCCCGAGACAUUUAAUUUUGAACCAAUAUGGAACACAAGCAUUAGAUUGUCUACUGAGAAUACAGAACUCAAUUCACCAUCAUCCACGGUCUCUUCAGUUUGUGAAGAGCCACAGGAUAAAUUGAACAAGAUGUUCCAGAAACACGGGACAGAACAAGAGGGGGAUGAAGAUACGAGGUCUUAUGUUAUCGAGAUCAACUCUGAUCAUUGGGAAGGAACGAGUGAAGCAAUUGGCGUAGACGAAGCAAUUGCAUGGGCAAAGGAGAGUUUUCAGACACAAUGUUUGGAGAAUAAUUCGAGCACACAAGAACAAGUGAAAGAGCCCCUUGCAGAAGAAAUUCUAGAGGAGCCUCGACUAGAAGAGGAGCAAAUGGAUGGUCAUGGAUCAACACAAGGGCUGCCGGUAGAGAUGGAAGCGCAACUAGUGGAUGAAAACAUUAGGCUGUGGUCGACUGGCAAGGAAGCUGAAAUCCGGUUGCUGCUUUCUACGCUGCAUCAUAUUCUAUGGCCUGAAAGUGGUUGGCUCGCUAUUCCUCUAUCGAAUCUAAUCAAAAGUUCUCAAGUGAAGAAGGCAUAUCAGAGAGCACAGUUAUGUCUACACCCGGACAAGCUGCAACAAAGGGGAGCCACAGUCCCACAAAAAUACAUAGCAGAGAAGGCCUUUUCAGUUCUUCAGGAUGCUUGGGCAGUAUUUAUAUCCCAAGAUUUGCCAUCGUUGAAGAAUUACUAA